GACAUAUGGGCAAGAAGAGACAUUAACAGAAACAGAGUUCUUCUUUUGUAUUUAAUUGGUCUCUCUUUUUGCCGCCAGAAAAAGAUACAGCGUUCGACAAACUUCUUUACAUCGUAACAGUUUCUUACAGGUAGCUUCCAUGGCUUUAUCUUUUGGGUGCUUACAAAGGGGCAACAGUUCCAAGAAAGAUUCACAAGAGUGCGAAACACCGAGACUUCUGAAAAGCCCAGUAAAUAUGUAUCUGGAGAAGACUUUAUCGUUCAAAGAUUUGGUCAAGAAGGGGAACAGAUACAAAGAUGAAAAUUUAGGGGUCAAAACGAGAAAAAGUGUAAACUUGAAGGGUCCUAAACCAGAUAACAUGGUUCUUCUUGAGAGGAGUCUCUCGUUCACAAGUCUAGUCCAGGUAGAGCACAAGGAAGAAGAAGAAGGCUCGUCUCCAAAACGUAGGAACAGGGGCAAAAUGGGAAUCUCAGGGAGUUUAACGGCGUUAAGUUUACCACAACCUCCGCCGUUUUGGUCUCCGAGACCAUCAACGGAGCUUGACGCUGCCGCUGUUACCUUACAAAAGGUUUACAAGAGUUACCGAACGCGUCGAAAUCUCGCUGACUGUGCAGUAGUCGUUGAAGAAUUAUGGUGGAAAGAAUUGAAAUUGGCAGCAUCAGAACCGAACCGAACCAACCAGACGGCUGUGUCGAGGUGGGCAAGAGCUGGAACAAAAGCAGCAAAGGUAGGGAAAGGCUUGCUGAAAGAUGAUAAAGCGCAGAAGCUAGCUUUGCGACAUUGGUUAGAAGCGAUUGAUCCACGUCAUCGGUAUGGACAUAACUUACACUUAUACUACGAUGUUUGGUCAGUAAGCGAGAGUAGUCAGCCAUUUUUCUUCUGGUUAGACAUUGGAGAGGGCAGGCAAGUGAAUCUCACCAAAUGUCCAAGAACGCUUCUUCAAAGACAAUGCAUCACUUACCUUGGUCCGAAAGAGAGACAAGCAUACGAAGUCGUAGUGGAAGGAGGGAAACUAGUCAACCGACAAAACAAGAACCUCGUUGAGACCAUCGAAGGAACAAAGUGGAUCUUCGUGUUAAGCACGACAAGAAAACUAUACAUUGGUCAAAAGGAAAAAGGUCGGUUUCAACAUUCGAGUUUUCUCUCCGGUGCCGCCAUUACUGCUGCCGGUAGAAUUGUUUCACACGGCGGAGUUGUAGAAGCUGUGUGGUCAUACAGUGGUCAUUAUCGCCCGACGGAAGAGAAUUUCCAAGAAUUUAUCGGGUUCUUAAAAGAAAACAGUGUGGAUCUUACCAACGUUAAGUUGAAUCCGAUUGACGAUGAUAAGUAUAUUGUCUCUAAUAAUGAGGGAAGCACUAAACCGCUGAAAUCCGAAGGUAGAGAUGAAACCACGGUUAUUCCAGUUGAACCGCCGGUAGAGGAUUCCGGAGAACAAAAACGUUUUAUGUGCAAGUGGAGUACCGGAAAUGGACCUAGGAUCGGGUGUGUGCGGGACUACCCUAUGGAUUUGCAGAUCCGAGCGCUUGAACAAGUCAAUCUUUCUCCUCGUGUGGUCAACGGAAAGAUGGGAUUAUUUGGUCCAAUACCUUCGCCAAGGCCUAGUCCAAAGAUUCGAGUCUCUCCUAGACUAUUUUGCAUGGGUCUUCCAAGUCCGAGAAACUAAUUUCUCGUUUUUUUCCUGAUCUGAUCAUACAUGUUCUUUUUGUCACCUCUCUGAUCUGGGGUGAUUCUUUAACAGGGUUACAACUUUUACACAUUUCAAAUAAUUUAAUUUUCCAUAAUUUUUAAGGUUAUAGUAACCUUUAUUUACUUUGUAACACCGCUUCAAUAUCAUUAUUUUAUUUACAGAAUUAAUAAUAUAACACAUUUAUUGACAAUAGCUUUGUGUUUGCUGUUGAAAUGAAUCCAUUUGUACGAUACAAUUACAAUAUUCUAUCUAAUCUUUACCAGAUUUGUUUUAUUAAUCUGAGUUCCAUACUAUAUGCAAACGGAAAUGAUUUUCAAACUUUUUUUAUGGUGCAAAGAUCCGAGGAUCUCUAAAAUGAUGUGUGGAUCCGUUUGAGUUCUUUAGCUACUUGCAUCAUUCUCGGUCUGUCUUCAUUACUCUCCUGGCAGCAGCUCAGAGCAAGUGCAAUACACGAUUCAAGUGUCAAUUUCUGGGCACAUGUGAUGUCCUUCAUUAACAUUGGAUCAAUUAGUUUUUUUUCUCAUACAAACCUUUCACAUAGCUAAUAGCUAGUGGGGUCACCAUCAGAGCUAGUGGAGACGAGAGCUGGUUUGCCAGUGAGGAAAACCAUCAACAAGACUCCAAAGCUGUACACAUCUGUAUAUUCUGUCACUACUUUUGUGUAAGCGUAUGAUGGAUCAAGGUAUCCUAAUGAUCCUAUCACCAAAUCAACUUCUAUUCUUGAUUUUCCCUCUGGGAGAGUUAUGGACAUUGAGAAAUCGGAAAACUUGGCGGUCAAGUUCCUGUCCAAGACAAUCCUAUAUUUUUUAAAACCAAUGUUGUAGCUGCAAAACCAAAGGUCAGAGUUACUUCAAAAUCUAAAUUAAGAUUUUCACUUAUACGUGUGGACAACCGUAACAACAUCCGAUAACAUAAACUUUCGUUGGACCAAAAAUCUUGGUAUAUCAUCAUUGUCUUGUCUCGGUAACGUACGAGUCGCUAAAGAUGACAAUAUAAUUGACUAUUUUUAUCUCUUUGAACUUUGUUGAUGUCUCAUUAUGAGACAUAUCCACACACUUCAAAACAGUGUUUACUGAUUAAUAUUUGUUAGAAUAGGAUCGAAGAUCUCAUUAUGAAGGAGUAACUAAGUAAAAAGUAAUAAGAUUUUCUGAUUCAAAAAAUGAAAGCCGAUAAAAGUCAGAUAUUCAAAACGAAACAAAAAAUUUAACGGUUGACUUUUCGUACAUUUGAAAUGGCUUUGAUCAACAAAAGUUGAGGUUUAAAAUGGAAAAUUUUAAAAAGUUAGUGAUUAAAAUGGUUUCACGGAAGUUGAAGAUUAUUUUGGUUUUCUCUGUAAGUUGAGAAUGAAAUGGACAAUUAUUUAACUUGUAACAUCUGCUUCAAUAUCAUAUUUUUUGUUCAAAUUCAUAUAAUGUAAUCACAUAUAAUAUGUUAAUUAUAUAGUCAUAAAAUAUAGUAUGCUCAGCUGCCCACCAUGAAUUUUUUUAGUUAGCAGAAUUUUAUACAAAAUUUUGAUAAUGCCAGUAAAAAAAAAAAUAUAAGUAAUUUUUUUUUCUUCAGCCGGAUAAAAAUUGUUUCUAGAUCAACCCGUACCUGUAUGCGGAAUGAAAAAAUUUCAAAGAUUUUUUAAUCAACAAUUUUCUCUUGUAAAGCAACAGUAAGUCAGUUAUGCGAUUAUUAAUGGUUUAUUUAUUUUGCUACUCGACGACUGAGUACAAUUAUUUAGAUAUCUUCCUCGUACAACGUAUGAUUAGAAUAUAGACCAGUAAAGUCGAUAUACGGAGAGAAGAGACGAAUCACGUGCCGAUUACGUCUGGUGUCGAGCAUUGACUGUAUUACCUAGGAGGAUGUGAGGUCAUGUGAGAAACGACUUUUUACCGGUCACCAACGGCACGCGUAGCCCUCACGCUUGGUAACCCAUUUCUCUCUCGUAGCCAGUCCAAAAUAAUUUUUAAAAAAUAUUUAAUUAGUUUUAAACACGCGUGAAUGUACGUUCAGCAGCUACCCA